UAAACAUUGGAGCAAAAGAUAAGACAAACGUUUCCCCAAUUUGAGUCAUGUAUUUAGUGGUCAUUAAUAUCCCAGAAACAUUUCGAACGCCAGAUUUACGCAACUAUUUCUCGUUGUUCAUAGAAAAAGGAGCAUUUAUCUGCUUCCACUUCAGACACCGCCCUUGUGAACAGCUACGGGAAAUCCUUCUUUCCAUCAGUCAAACCCCAACACAAAGUCAGAAUGAAAGCGAAACAGGCAAACAAAAUGUGUCAAGUGACGUUGAAAAGGAGGAUAACACGCAAGAGAAAGAUGAGAAUAUGACAGUGGAUGAGUCUGACACCAGCCGUGCAAAUGACAGGCCGAAGACGACUCACUGGCUCUCCUCAGGGCUCUCUGGCCUCUCUUCGUUAAUCAGCGAGAAAAAGAAAAAGGCGCAGGAGUCAAAAAUCGGGUUUGAGAAGGUGGGAACUGAUAAGCCUCUGAAAUCGGGAUCUACUAUAGAAGGUGUAAAAGGAUCACCAAGCCACAGUCUGGGAGAAAACUCGUGCAUAAUAAGUGGUUUGUUACAAAUGCUCGAGUGUGCCAAGGGAACAUGUUGUGUCAUAGAUGUUAAAGAUUCAGAAACAGAACGUUUUGUGGAGUUUUACAAUAACAAGCAUUUUGUGGACCGGGAUGGUAAUGUUCAUCCAUCGAAGUGCCUUAUUCACAGAUUGGAUUUAAAUAAAAAUGUACAAAAAGAAGAUGAUUACAUGACUAGGAAGGAGCGUAAUUCCCAGCGGCUUAUUUGCACGACGAUAGCUGACCUGAUCGAAUUCCAUCCGCCCCCUCUCAUGCCACAGGGAAGCAUUGGCACACCUACCAGCCACUUCAAGUCCCUCAUCAGGUCAUGUCAGUUGCCAGGAUCCAUCAUCAAAAAACUUGGGCUAGAAUUUCCUCGAAGCAAAGGUAAAAAGAGAUUUGGACAAGUACCCUUUGACUAUGGCACUGAAGUCAUCAAGCCCAAGAACACAGCAAGUACAGGAGAUGGUGUAGCUUUCACUGCCUCAGGUCAUCUGAUACCAUCAUCUGCCGAAUUUACAAAAGUGAAGAAGAAACUAGGUCGUAGGCAGAUAGGUCGUCAGCCGCAACUAGAACUGCAAGAGGAAGAAGAGGAUGGAGCGGAGGUAGAGGAGUGGGAGAGAUAUGAGACCUUCCACAAUGAUGUGACCAGCCAAGACCGCACCAAGGAGCGACUCUAUGAAAAGGAAAUAGAGCUGGUGUGGGAGAAGGGAGGUCCAGGACUUAAUUUUUACACUGAUGCCCAAGUCUGGAGGGAACAGGAAGGGGAUUUUGAUGAACAGACUGCAGAUGAAUGGGACGUCGAUAUGUCUAUCUAUUAUGAAAAAGGGGCUGGGGACAAAGAUGCACAAGACAGCGUGGGAAUGGUCCAAAGUAGCCAGCUUCGUUGCGGCCAUCUCACAGAGUCUGCUUUCAAGGCUCCAGCAGACCCUCCCAAGAAGAGAAGGGGAGAAUUGCCAUCAAAGCAAAGGAAGAAAGGUCCUACACCAGCACCUAAGAUUGGAGAAUUUGAAGCUCACACCCGUGGCAUUGGCAGGCGUCUGAUGGAAGCGCAAGGUUGGGAGGAAGGCAAAGGGUUGGGGCGCAACUCAGCUGGACUCCCAUAUGCCCUUGACAAUGAUGGGCAGCAUCCGCAUGACAAAAAAGGCUUAGGAUAUUAUGGGGAAAAACUACAAGGCUGGGGUGGUAGGGCUUCUACCUCCACCUCCACUGUUACCCCUCGACGCCAACAGAGACGCACAGAAGGACCACAACUCCCAAGACACAGCCAGUGGCCACGACAAGGUGUGCUCACUUCAGGACCAGCUCCAGAGACUGAGGGCCACAGUGUGCGCAUUUCCACUGUUUUUGACCGGCCACAGGAAGAGGACCCCCCUGCACCACCUCUCCGCACACAAGAACCUACAACACUCUCAUACCGCCACAACUAUGUCCCUUUUACAAAGGCUUCAGAAGUUUCUGAUUAAUGAAGGACAUGAAAGUGAACUGUGAUGAUCAGAGAUAAAAUAGAUAGAUAGAUGUUAUUAUAUGAUUUUAUAUGUAAUGUGGAUAUUGAUAUAUUAUUCUUUUGAACAAAGAUGAUAUAGAUAAGAAUAUGUCACUAAAGGAUUUUAUAAAUAUGGCAGAUAUUAAUAUAUUGUUAC